AUGAGCAAAUCAUAUCCCCAGUUUCUCCUCUUUGGAGACUCUAUCAUCCAGAUGUCGAGCUAUCUCCGUGAUGGCUAUUCUUUCGCGGCAAUCCUCUCCGAACAUUGCAUUCGAAGCUUUGACAUUAUCAACAGAGGAUUGAGCGGAUACAAUACGGCAAACGCCAUGCUCAUUCUGCAAGACAUCGUUCCAUCUCCAGAUACAGCCAAAGUGGCUUACUUGGCCAUUCUCUUUGGCGCAAAUGAUGCAUGUCUCCCCAACAGUCCUAGCCGUCAACAUGUCCCACUGGAAGACUAUCGGAGGAACAUCAAGACCAUCCUCACGCAUCCCGUGGUGAAAGCUCAAGAUCCCACCAUUCUUCUCAUCACUCCACCACCUGUCAACGAAAGUCAACUCGAGGUCAAUGCAGAUGGCACGACAUCUCGGCAACAAACUGUAACGGCCAAGUAUGCAGAUGCCAUUCGUGAGAUUGUUACCGAGUCAGAGAAUGAGAAAGUCGUGUUAAUUGAUCUUCAUGCUGUCAUGAUGAAAAAGGCCACGGCCAUGGUAACUCAAAAUGGUGGAUCCUUAGACAAGGCUUUGCAGACUUUAUUAAUGUCCAGAGCAACAAAUUGUCCACAGAAUACUGACUUACUCAGGGUGGAUGGGCUUCACCUGACUGGAGCUGGCUACAAGAUCUUUGUUGAAGAAGUCCUGUCCCAUGUCGAAGUUCCUCCUCGAAUAUUCCCCCUCUGGGCCGAAGCUCCAAGAAAUGAUAGAGGAUAG